AUGAAACAAACACUAAAGACGGAUAAAUCAUAUGUGGUAAUGGUUGGAAAUAAACAGAUGCAAAUUACGCAAUCAUUGGAUAUGCGUAAGUCUGCAUUAUUAACAUUCGCAGAUUCGCGCAAGAAGCGAUCACCAAAGCUGCAGAAAUCUGCAUCUUCCCAAUCGCCCAAGCGGGCAUUAGGUGGAAAUAAUCGCAUGACGAGUAAACCGUCAUUGGAGUUGCACAAAUCUGCGUCUUCAGCAGCCACAGAUGCGACACCGAAUAAGGAUUCUCGCAUGGCCAUGAAGCGAUCAUCAAAGAUGCUGAAAUCUUCGUCUUCACGUGGAAAAAAUCGAAUGAACAAGAAACAAUCACUGGAGCUGCAGAAAUCCCCAGCCCUAUUAUCGCCUGAAGAGUGUCCCAAGCAGAAGCGAUUGUCGUCUCCAGCUUCCUUAUCGCCACAUGCUAUAACAAAAAAAUAUUCUCGCAUGAACAAAUCAGAGUUCCAGCAAUCUCCAAGAACCGCUUCGUCGGCAGAGAAUUUUCGAGGGUCACAGGAGGAGUUUUCACCAAUAUCAUCGCCUGAUAUGAACUAUAAUAGCGAUAUCAGGCUGUCCCUUUCGCCCCUGUACUCCGCUGCCCCUGGUGACGAGUCGCCUGGAUCUCCUGGCAUUUAUCGCAUGACCAGACAACGAUCAUCUGAAUUUCAUAUAUCGCCAUACACAUCGUCGCCGGAAUCAUGUAUAUCCAAUAAGAAGCGCUCCAUCUACGAUUCGACAUCCGAUGAGCGGCGUAGUAGGAAAAAACUUUUGAAUUUGAUGAAUGAAUCAUAUCUGCGAAGUGCAUCAUCCUCGCAGCCUGAGGAUAAGGACACCUUCGAUUUCGAUACUCCCACCAACUCCCAGAAGGGAACUCCACAGCCCACAAAGACUCAGAAGCAGAAUUGCAAAGCUAAGGCCUGGAACUGGACCUUCGACGACUGGUUUGCAUACAAGAAAAAGGAACGGCAAAUGGAGCAGCAGCGAAAGGAGCAAGAGCGCGCCUCUAGGGACUUUAUAAAGGCAAGGCGCAAGGAAAUAUCACAAGGCGUCUACCAAAUGUGGCUGCGGAAUAAGCAACGCGAGCUGGAGGCAAAACGCAUUCAGGAUCACAUGCAGCUGGCGGCGCUCACUGCGCAAUCUUCGCUGAAGAAGAAUCCCAUAAAAGUGCCCGUGCGUAAUAUACCCCAGGAUACGAUCAACCAGGAGCUCGAGUGUUGGCGUCUGAAGAAGAUCGAGAUACAGAGGGCCAAGCGCAGGGAGCAACAAUUGGCGGCUCUUAAAAAUGAAGAGGAGAUAUUCAAUCGGCAAAAGAAGUCAGAAAUGGCUCUCAAGAAAUGGUUCAGCACCGUUCACACAAAGCCGAAGCCGGUGCCAAUGAAUCAGGGCGUGGACUCGUUGCGUGGCACCAUCUCCAAGCUUUAUGUGAAUCCCCAACCCUGGGUGGCAUGUUAAUAAAACUCCUUCCCCAUAUUUUAUGCAAAAAAAAAAAAAAUUCGUUUGUUUAGAUUUUAAAAAAGU